AUGCGUCUGCCUCUAACACUGCCUCUGGGCGCCGUGGCCAAAAAAGCCUUCUCCAAACUCAAGUCCAUCCUCAAGCUUCGCGCCUCGCGAAUCUUCCUCUCCAGCCUACUCCUCUGGAUCCUCCUUUACACCCACUGCCGAAAUCAAUACUGGCGUGACCCGCACUCCGCCUUCUUCCAGGACUCGCACGUCUACGAUCUGGACUACAGCCUGCACCGGGAGCGCGAAAGCUGGCACUUCAUCGCGCGGUACAAUGCGGCGAGCAACCCGCCCGAGUACACGGACGGCAGAAGCGAGGCACCCACAGUCUGCGCCGCUAUGGUAACGGUGCGGCGCGAGCACGACACGUACUUCGAGGCAUCGGUGGGCUCGUUGCUGGAGGGGUUAAGUGAGAAAGAGCGGAGGGCGCUGCGUCUCACUGUUCUCUUCGCUGAUACGGACCCGGCGGUACAUCCUAGCUGGGGAAUGACGUGGGUAGAUCGGCUUGUUGAUCAGGCGGGAGGGUAUGUUGUGUCCGAGGAACAGCUGGAGCAUUUGCGGGUACUGGAGCGGGAGAGGAAUUUCUAUGAGAAGGGGGUUUUUGACUACCUCUACGCGCUACGGGCAUGUCAGGAAGUCAAAGCCCCUUACACCGUUAUCUUCGAAGACGACAUCAUCCUCGCGACGGGGUGGUUCGCGAAGACGCUGAAGAGCCUGGCGGAGAUCAACCACCUGCAGGACCAAAGCCGAGGCCAAGACCAAGCUGAGAAGAAGCCAUGGCUAUACCUGCGCCUCUUCUACACCGAAACCUCCCUUGGCUGGAACGACUCCGACGCCGCAUACCGACACAUGCCGAUGAUCUUCUUGACCCUCAUGGCCUCGACAUUCUGCGUCCUAUUACUCCUCCGCCGCCUGCGCUUUCCGCUCCUGCACCUCCACCUCGACACCCUUAGUAUCGCGGUGCUCUCGCUGCUCUGUGUCCCGGCCUUCACGGCACUGAUCUACAUGGUCGGGAAAUACAACCUCAUGCCGCUCCGCGGUGUGGUGGAGAUGAACAAGUUUGGGUGCUGCACGCAGGGACUACUCUUUCCGGCGGAUCAGGUCGAUGGGCUGAUUACGUACCUGGAGGAAAGGGUUCAUGGGCAGACGGACUCGCUGAUCGAAGAGUAUGCGGAUUUAAAUGGGCUGAGUAGGUAUGCGGUUGCGCCGCCGGUGCUGCAGCAUGUGGGGUUGAAGUCUAGCAGGGACAAUACAGAUUUGAACACGCAGAGUACGUGGGCGUUUUGGUUCGAGGCGAAUGAGCCGGGGAGGUUGAGGAAGGAGCAUGCGGACUUACUCGAAGAUGAGGAUGUGCGGGAGAUGUUGGGGACUUAG